GACAAAAUGUGUCUGCGGUAACAGCACGCAAAUAUACCAUGGCGAAAGCAGUACCCACGCCAAUAUCCCCACCGCAACCGGUGAUACAGGGGUCUUCAUCACUGUCGUUCACGCAAGGCUUCUUGCUGGGUCAGUUCUCGAUUGCGCUGAUCAUUUUCUUCUUCAUCAAGUUCUUCAUCUUUGGCGAGCCUCCAUCUGCAGACGACCGCGCGUUGCACCUUAGCUCGCUACGGCGCGCACGCACUCUUGCCCACCAGCAAUCACUGCACUCGCUCAAGCAACGCACGCGCUCGAACUCGACGACCACCCCAGCAUUGCGCCACAAGCACUCGCGCAGCAUUAUCAAGAAGGGCGAAGAGAGCAGGGGAGGGCCGAGCAUAGCCACCAUCCUUGCCAAGACAUACUACAAUGUGAACGGCCAUCAGCCCGAGAGUCUCGACUGGUUCAAUGUCCUCAUAGCACAAACAAUCGCCCAGCUACGAGCCGAUGCAAGACAAGACGGCGCAGUCCUCACAUCUCUGACCGACGUCCUGAACUCGGGCAGCAAGCCCGACUGGAUCGGCGAGAUCCGCGUCACCGAGAUCGCCCUGGGCGAUGAAUUCCCAAUCUUCAGCAACUGCAGAAUCAUGCCCGCCGAGGACGGGUUCUGGUACGGGCCCGGCACGAGCGGCGACAACGAAGGCCGCCUGCAAGCACGCAUGGACGUCGACCUGAGCGAUGUGAUCACAAUCGGUGUCGAAACCACACUCAACCUCAACUGGCCCAAGCCCUUCUCCGCCGUCCUUCCCGUCGCCCUCGCAGUAAGCGUCGUCCGCUUCUCAGGCACCCUCACCAUGUCCUUCAUCCCCUCCUCCUCUCCGCUCUCCACAACCGCCGCCACGCCCUCGCCAACAUCGCACUCGCACACGGCCUCCACACACCCCCCCUCCGAGCCGCCGCGCCCCUCAACAUCCUCGUCGAACCCAUCAACUGCAAAUCCGACCCCGCACCGCCCGACAACCCUCGCCUUCACGUUCCUCGACGACUACCGCCUCGACCUCUCCGUACGGUCCCUCGUCGGCUCGCGCUCACGGCUGCAAGACGUGCCCAAGAUCGCGCAGCUCAUCGAGUCGCGCGUGCACGCGUGGUUCGACGAGCGCGCCGUGGAGCCGCGGUUCCAGCAGAUCUCGCUGCCCUCGCUGUGGCCGCGGAAACACAACACGCGGGGCGGCGCGACGGAAGACGCUGAGGAUGAGGGGAUAGAUGUCGGGAGUCUGGCGCCGGAGGAUGAGGCUGUGCCUGCUGCGGGGCUGGGGCUGGGACUGGAAGUCCCAGAGGCGAGAGGGUCGAGUUUUGUGCCGCCUGCAGGUUCGGCGGCGGCGACGCUGGAGGAGCGGAUUGAGGCUGAGGGCGCCAAGUUGAGGGGGGCGGAGAUCCUGGCCGGGGAACGGAAAGCGACGCGCAGGGGGGAUGAGGGGAUGAGGUGGAGGGGGGAGACGAGUCGACCCGGAGGUGCGAGUAGACCACAGGCCCCAAAUCGAUUCAAGAGUGAGCAUUACAGUGGGCAGAAGGGCAUGCCUGGCGCUAUGCUUGAGUAGAUCAUGUCUUCUAGAGGUACUUUGUACGAUUAGCGAAGACUGUGGGAUCGGUGUAUCAGUGUAUCAUCAACAAUGUACAAGACACGAACAGC